GGAGCCACGAAGCUAUCGAUUAGUCUCGCGUUAGCCGCUGGUGGAAAGAAGCCAAGAAACAAAGGAUCAUAAAAGUUGGUGUGACCUCAGAAAAUCCCACAAAGAGAUGGCAACCUCCAUUAGAUUUGGAACCACAAGCGGUCCAUGCAGGACUGCUUCGGAGGGGAGAGCACAGCUGGCAGAGGAAACGGAUGAAAGAAACUGUGACCCAGACAAACUUUUGCAGUGUCCUUUUGACAAGAACCACCAGAUCCGGGCCUGCCGUUUCCCCUACCAUCUUCUUAAGUGCAGGAAGAAUCAUCCGAAACUGGCCAGCGAGCUAAGAACCUGCCCUUUUAAUGCUCGCCACCUGGUCCCCAAGCACGAGCUGACAUACCACACUGAAACCUGUGAGGACAGAAUAUCUCUGGACACUGAAGAUGAUGGAAGCACAAAUGGAUACUGUAAAUUGCAGGUCCCAGUCAGUACUUGGGUAAACCCGGAUAUGACCGAAGACUGGGACAAAGAGGCUGAUGAUGCUGCUGCUCCGUUUGUGUGGGGUGUAAACACAGCCCUGACUCAAAGCAGGAUGGAGACGAGGCCCACCAACAACCUUGGUCCAAGUUUUAGAACCCCCAACAGCUUCCCAUGGUCCAUGGAAAUAUAAACUAUAAAUAAUUCUUAUGCAUGCCAACAUAGAAGUGUGAUUUAGGCUCAUUGUAUGUGUGUUUGCAUGGAUGUUUUGUUUUAAAUUUGUUCUUUGCCACUUGAAGUUUUUAAUUUGCACAACUGUUUCUAAAUUUUAUUCAUAUUUUGGAUCCAGUUGCAGCAGUCUUAUUUUUAGUCAUCUGAUGUGGCAAGUAACCUAAAUUCAGAGUAUGGUCACAGUAGACCUUUGUCACAGCAGACAUGUUGACGCGUUCCAGUAGGAGUGAAAGGAGUGGAAUUCAGCCAUCAUUAAUUUCAUUAAUGUGCUUUUCCUAUUAAGACAAGUCAAAAUGUCUUGCGUGGAAAAUUUCCUGUUGAGUGGCAUGUACACAUGAGUGCCUCCAGUUUGUUUUUCUUCUGUAUUGCCUUGGCUUACCUGCGGUUACAAUGACAAAUGGCACAGGUUGAAUAUUGUGUCCUCAUUUUAUUAAAGG